AUGAGAAGUGCAACGGUGGCCAUCGCCGAAGACCUUCACGUUGCUGUGUUUGGAUACCAAUCUUUGGACAACAACAUGAAGACCGUUUUGUUUCUGCACUGGCCUGGGGGGCAGAGGAAGCUUUCUAUCUUCAGAAAGAAUGAGGCACGUGCAAAUGCACGCUGCUGGCGCGAAAUAACUGAGGGUGAAUGGGAGCAGUUUGUCGACAUUGUAGGCGAGAUACCCGGUAGUUUUUUGGAGCCAACUUUCCAACGAAAUUGA